AUGGCAUCUCGCCAACUUGCCUCCUUUUCAAAGACUCUCAUCAACAGAACAAUGGCGACUCAAGCAGCUGGCAAAGGAAGAGCAGCCAACACCAAAGACUGGUCGGCCGCGCAGUAUCUCAAAUUCGCUGAGCAACGUACUCGGCCUUCGCGCGAUCUUCUUGCCCAAAUACCCCUGGCCACUCCCAACAGCAUCAUCGAUAUUGGAUGCGGUCCGGGUAACUCAACCGAAGUGCUUGCGAAGCAAUGGCCCGAUGCACAGAUUUCGGGCAUCGAUUCAUCACCGAACAUGAUCGAGACGGCCCGCAAAGCCCUUCCUAAUCUGCAAUUUGCCGUGGCGGAUCUAAGUGACUAUACUCCAGAAGGGCCAGUUGAUCUUCUGUUUUCCAAUGCGGUUUACCAAUGGAUCAAUUUUGAGGAUCGAAUUCCGAUCAUGAAACGCCUGAUUGAAUCUCUGAAACCUGGAGGUGUCUUUGCGUUUCAAGUACCUGAUAACUUCACCGAAAAGUCUCACGAAGCGAUGCGUGCGGUGGCUGAAAAUGGUCCUUGGUCCGCAACGCUUUCACAACUGAAGCCAUCUCUUGGGCCCUUCCAAACACCCUUUGAGCUAUACAAUGAGUUAAAGCCAUUGUGUUCGUCGGUAGACAUAUGGCAUACAAAUUACCAACACCCGCUGGAAGGUCAUGAGGGCAUUGUUGAGUGGGUUAAAGGCACUGGAUUGAGGCCAUUCAUUGAUCCACUCAGUGCAGAGCAGAGGGAGGGAUUCCUGGCGGCGUAUCUGGAAAAACUAAAGGAGCUUUAUCCUUCUUGCAACGAUGGAUCUGUGUUACUGCGAUACCCUCGUCUUUUCUUGGUUGCCGUUCGUGCUUAA